AACAGAAUUGGACCUAAAUUCAAACUGAAGAUGACAUCAGAAAUGGCAAAUUUUGAAAUUAAAUGCCUCAAUCAAUUUUGGUACUACAGAAUUUUCGAAAGAAUCGUGUUUCUUUGCUCAACUUUCAUGGACCUCAUUCCUUUGGGUUUUGUUCUAGGAUUUUAUGUUUCCUUUAUUGCCACAAGAUGGUGGAACCAAUACACAGCCAUUCCUUGGCCCGAUAAGUUGAUGAACAGUAUUUCUCUCUACGUGCCGGGCACCGACGAAACAAGCCGCGUCCUCCGACGAACUAUGAUGAGAUAUUUGAAUGUUGCUCUCGUGCUGGUUCUGCGCUCUAUUAGCAUGGCCGUAAAGAGACGAUUUCCUACAAGGGACCAUUUGGUGGAGGCAGGAUUCAUGACAAAACUGGAACUUGAAAUGCUGAAUUCAGUGCCAUCCACAGAAUUUAAUACUUUCUGGAUACCCUGCACAUGGUUCAUCAAUCUCCUUCGAGAAGCAAAGCAAGAAUGCCGAAUAACGGAUUCCAACGGACUAAAACUCAUUAUGGAGGAGUUCAACGAAUUUCGUUCAAAAUGUGGGCUUUUGUGGAGCUAUGAUUGGAUCAGUAUUCCUUUGGUAUAUACUCAAGUGGUGACGCUUGCUACAUACUCAUUUUUUGGAGCUUGUAUUUUUGGUCGUCAGUACGUAGAAACAGCAGAUAAAGUUGAUCAUAGCUUUGAUCUAUACAUUCCUGUUUUCACCCUUUUUCAGCUGUUUUUCUACAUGGGACUUCUCAAGGUCGCCGAGCAGCUGAUCAAUCCAUUUGGAGACGAUGAUGAAGAUUUCGAACUCAACUGGAUUAUUGAUAGACAUAUGAAGGUCUCAUAUUUGGGCGUAGAUACUCUCAACACAAAGCCUCCACCGCUUGUUCGAGACAGCUACUUUUAUCAGCAGGACAUGAAGCUUCCUUACACAGAAGCUUCAGUCGGUUAUAAAAAGAAAACUUACAGAGGAUCGGUAGCUCGUAUGCAAAUACCUCAAGAACAGCAGAACCUCUUAGUGCCAGAAUUUUCAGAAGAUGACGAUGAGGAUAAAAUAGCGGCAACAUAUGGAAUGGGAAACAGGGGAGCUUCGCUGUGGACAUUAGUUGGUGGCAAACUGAACACCCGAUUCAGUGUCUCAAACCAAAAUCUGGAUACCGUCACACUAGAAAGUGGUAGCAAUAACUGGAGAGUUUCGAAUCCAUCAUUAUUCACACCAAAUAACGGAGUUACUCAAGAUGGGAAGCGGAUGUCAGGUACCACACUGGGAGCAACUCAACUUCUGCAGGUGCCUGAAGAAAGCCUUGUUGAUGCUGAUAGUGUCACUUCACAACAGACUGCACGAGCAACUCAAAGAAGAGCCUCAGAAAUAAUACCAAAAGCAGCUUUAAAGAAGGUAGUGAAGAAAGUUGUUAUAAAGAGGCCACAUCUGCGUCGAAAAGGUCAUGGUCACCACCCCCAAAAUCGGUGGGUUGCCUUUCAUAGUGCAUCUAGCAGGGAUGAUGAAAGUGAAAUAUUAUCACUCUACAGAGGAGACGCUUCAACAUUUGAUGAUUUUUUACAAGCCUCUGCAAACCAAAGAAGGCAGUCUUUUGAUGACAGAAGUAUCACUGGAUUCAAUAAAAAUGCAUCUCGUUUUCAAAGUUUGCCAGAUGUUAAACGUUAUGCAGCUGAAAAAGGUGCAAUAACAGAUGACUGGAUUCAUGAACUACCCCAAGAAGAUCCAGAUAAUAUGAGCACAGCAAACCUGCUUAUUCUUUAUGAAGGUAAUGAAGAAGGUGAGGAAGAUGAUAUUCCUCAAUUUGAACCACCACAACUAACAUUUACAAGGCCAUCUGUAUCACCUUGUCCAUCCAGCUCACAGUCCGUGCAAUCUACAAAUGCAGAUGUUACAUCUAAUACCACAGAGCAGAUAUCUCCUCAUGAACAAACAGAUACGGUGAACCAUAUUAAAAUACAUGACUACAUGAAAUGAAAAAAAAAAAAAAAAUUCCAUAAUCAACAAAUGCAACAACUAAUUUUAAAACUCGUGACUAUAUGAAAUGGGAUAAAGGAUUUUUUAACAGGUGUAUGCUUCAAUUAGAAAAUCAUAUUACCUUAGAAAUUUUAUGCUGAACUAUAUUAAAACAUAGUACUAAAUUAUUUCAAGACAACAUCAUACCUGCCACAUUUUUUAUUACAAUUCCUAAUGAAGUUUUAUUAUCGGCUUGGUGAAGAUGCUAUGAUAUGCAAGGGUAAUUUUAAAAAUCACAUGUAAAAUUCAGUAUUUGAAAUUAAAUUCUAACUUGAAUGUAUACUGAACUUCCAGUUAUUCAUAUGGCUUUUAUUCACUGUGCGGAUUAUUUUUGCAAAAUACUUAAAAAAAGAGGUUCUUAUACCAUUACUUGAAGAAGAUAAAAAAAACUUGUAAUAUUUCAUAUAAAUUCACAACUUUUGAAGAAGUAAUAUGAUUGUUAAGACUCUGAAUGAAGUUCAAAGCUUGUUAUUAACUCAUGAUUGAAAAAUUUAAUAUUGAAAAGAGCAAAGGUUCUUUCAAUGAAGAGGCAGCAACAUCAAGCCUUGCUGAGGUUUCUUCUGUUUGACAGUUUGAAAAUAUUAGUGAAAAAGGAUAGAAAUGGCAAUGAAGGAAUAAUAAUAAUAAUAAAAAAAAAAAAAAAGAUGAAUGCUAUAAUAUUUUAUCAGGUACAGGCAUUCACAAUGCAAUAGUAAGAGUGGCUGUGAAAGAUGUAGGUAAGAUGAAAAAAUUGAGUUUGUGUUUAAUAAUAUCACAUAUCUGAACGGUAUGUGUCAUAUUGGCUUAAAGUACACCAUUAUGACUCUCAGAGAUAGAGCACUCUUAUUGAGAGAAAAACUCAAAAUCUGUAUAAAAUGUUAUUACUGUUUUAUUUAAGCUGCAUUUUAAAGAGUAUACUGUUUAUUUAAAAUCUAUAACAGUUUGAUUUUUAAUCAUACUUUUGCAGUAAUUAUUGUUUUACACAGCAAUUUUUGGACUAACCAAAUUUUCCAGUUACUCAUGUAUUGUACUGUUUAGCACAGUUCUAAGUAAAUACUUCACUUACCUAUCAUAAAAGUUUAUUUAAAUUUUGCAUGAAAAUGCAUAAGGACUAAAACUAACAUAAAUCAUAUUUCUUAAAUACAUACAGAAAAGCAUCAAUAAGAAAACUAUACAUAAUUAUAAAAAACAAUA